AUGUUUAAAAGAUUAUUUUCUACAUCUAGAUACUUGAGGGAUAGCUUGGUAUUGAUUGAGGGUUCUGGAACCCAGAUCAACCCAGCUUCGCUCUCCACUGUAACUGCAGCAACGCAGAUAGGAGAACCGAUAACUGCGUUGGUUGUUGAUCCCAAGAUUGCCGAGGAAGCAGCGAAGAUUUCUGGUGUAAGCAAGGUUCUUAAAGCGGGCGGGCCUCAAUAUGAGCAUUACCUAGCAGAGGAAGUGAGCCCCUUGGUACAGCAAAUACUCACCAAGAAUAAGUUUACACAUUUUUUUAUUUCUGGGUCGUCAGCGGGAAAAUCCAUUUUGCCCAGGUUAGGAGCAUUGCUAGAUGUUCAGCCAUUGAGCGAUAUUACUAAAGUUAUAGAUGGUAAAACGUUUGUACGUCCAAUUUAUGCAGGUAAUGCAUUGGCCACUGUUAGAUCAAAGGAUGAAAUAAUAUUAGCCUCAGUCAGGGCAUCGGCAUUUACCCCAGCUGAAAAACAAGAGGCGGCGGUUAUUGAGGACGUGGCGGUAGAGGAUAGCAACGCCGAUACUCUGAACAGAACCGAGUUUGUAUCUGAAGAACUAGUCAGUUCGGAGAGACCUGAAUUAGGCUCUGCAACGCGUGUUGUUGCCGGAGGACGUGGAUUAAAGAACAAGGAGGCAUUUGAUGCAUUAGUAGAGCCCUUGGCUACCAAAUUGAACGCGGCAAUUGGUGCAACCAGAGCAGCAGUUGAUGCGAAAUUUUGUGACAAUUCUUUACAAGUUGGUCAAACAGGGAAAAUUGUUGCACCAGAGUUGUAUAUUGCGGUUGGUAUUUCGGGAGCAAUCCAACAUUUGGCCGGUAUGAAAGACAGUAAAGUCAUUGUAGCAAUUAAUAAGGAUCCGGAAGCGGCAAUUUUUAAUGUGGCUGAUAUUGGAAUAGUUGGAGAUUUGAAUGAAAUUAUUCCACAGUUGAUUGAGAAGAUUUAG